AUGCCUGUUGAAGCGAGGGCAUCACGGCCUUCACAAGAAAAAUCAGCGGAGGGAAGUUCUGCAAGUGCAACAUCUGAACCCGUUUCGUCGUCCUCUUUUCCCAGUAAGGAGACAAACCUCGACCUUCCAGAUGAACUUGAACUUCCGAAGAUCAUUGUCAAAGCCGAGGAUUACCCGCACCCCUACGGUGGUCCGAGCGACGUGGUCGACAGUCUGACGCGGGCCGUGAUGACAAGGUUUGUCACGCCGGGGGUGGGCGAGCAGAUCAGAAGUCUCGCACGAGAAAUCCACGACCAGAACCCGGAGCUUUACGUCCUGGGUUCUUUCUUGGAGGCCCAGAAGAGACUGUACGUGAAAGCGGAUACUGCUUGGCUGCAUAGAGUUUUGACCGAAAAGUGUGCGGAAUUUUUGAAACUGCGGUUUGUCGAUGUCCCCUCGAUGUCGGUCGAUGAUUCAGGAUCGUUCCAAGGAGAACCAGCACGUGCAAGUAGAAGAACACAACUUGGUUAUUUGGAGCAGAUCGUGAGUAAGUGGCGGUCGACGAAGAUUCGAACGCAGCAAAACAACCUCGCCGUUUUGACCGCGCUCCCGAAAAUGGAAAAUUGGCCGUCCGACAUAGCGCUCGUCCCGCGGCAUUUGGUUGUGACUGACGGGAUAUCAAAUGCAAAAGUGUCUGGGUCUGGAAACUUGUGAUGCUGGGUGGCGUCUCAUGAUGAGGCCACAAAUGCUGGCUCAGCAUGACAAGUUUCUGAGCUUCUAGCUGUUGCCUAUUAUGCAUGACAAACUGCGUUCCUGCAUCACAGAAAAAUGGAGCUCUUGGGUAACGUGCGUGACAGAUUUAAGAGUCAUGCCAGACAAGCAUGACAAACAUGCAUUUUUCCAGACCCAGACAUUUUUACAUUUGAUACGGGAGAACAAACAAGAACAUCAACCAGGUUCUUUCUGAGCAAAGACAGCACGCCACAGGCACGACGGGCAAGUACGAGGACGGGAAAACUUUUAUUGUGCGGAAAAAUGAUCCCUUCUCCCCAUUGCCAUUCUCAAAAGGGAAAAAACGUGUGAUUCUGUUGACUUGUGGCCACAACUGUCGGCUCGGUGUUGCAGAGGACCGGGGAAAAAAUAUUCAGGGGAGCCAUGUUUUGGCGCAUUGUAGAACCAAUCUGUCGUGUGUUUUGUCUGCGCCCAUGAUGUCGAAAAUGUUUGUGAUGCUCCAUUGGUAUAAUUAUAGCCGGUUCUUGCACUGUUGUACCCAAUCUAUCAGGUUGUAGUAGAAGCCGACAGGAUGGUGCCUACGAGCUCUUCCUGCGGUACAGAGCUGAUUUGUGUACACUGUAUCUCGUGUCUCGAAUUUGCGGAAGGGGGGAUUUCUCAUUUCCACAUUUCUUCUUUUUUUCAUCCAACUUCUGCUCCCGGACGUGCUGGAAACCUGGCGGGAAAACGAAAUUCGAAGGGACAGACCAUAUGGAUUGUAAAAAUGUCUGGGUCUGGAAGGUUGGGACUUGUAAUGCUAGCUCUCCAUACCUAGAAAAUCUGUAUUGCGUAACGAACAAAAGUCGCAGCCUCUUUUGUCAUGCAAAAACGGAGUUUCUCAUGCGGAUUGCCUAUGAGAAAGCGUUUUGGGAAGUUGUCAUGCCGGACUGCAUUCGGAAGUGUUUUCAUCAUGCGCAUUUUAGCAUCAAGACCCAGACAUUUUUGCAUUUCAUAGACCAGAAGCAUCAUCCAUUCUAGAACCACGACCCGGACGAGAGCCGCGCCCCCCCGGCGCGAAGGAGCUUACUCUCUCCGCGCCGGAAGACGCAACCAAACUGCUGAAGCUGCUGCAAUCCACGAGUAAGCUGCAGAUCUGGGCCUUUGUCCUGCAGGGGCAUGUGGGAUACAACUUCGAAGUGCUCACGGAACCUGCACCUCCUGCUCCUUCGGGAGCAGUAGUACAUCAACAAGCGGAUGCGGAUCAUCAGCAGGGGACGACAUCAUCUUCUUCAUCCCGCUCGCCUCUGCAGGCACUUGGACGGGACAUAGUAAAGAUUUCGGAAAUAUGGAAUGCAACUAUGUCUGGGUCUGGAAGAUUGGGAGACUUGUCAUGCAGGUUUCCCAUGACCCAUGAGGUCUGGCGUGCAGGACAUAACAUGACAGAUCCUGCGAGAUCUUUCUCAUGCCUAGCCCGCAUGAGAAACUUCCUCGCGAAUUGGUCAAAAGUAGACAGAUUUUGGUAGCCAUGCAACACAGAUUUUUUCACAAUCCAGACUUAGCAUGACAAGUUGCAACCUUCUAGACCGCCCAGACAUAUUUGCCAUGUAUAGGAAAUUCUCGCGUUUCCCCUUUUUACCACCUCCACCCGCCCCGAGCGGAAGGCGGAAAAUUUGGCGCCACACGACACGUAUCCUGUGCAAAAGUAUCGUAUUCGUAUUGCAGUCAUGCAUUACAAAUCUUUUUGUUAAGUAGAAUACGCAUUACAAAUUUUAUUCCUCAUGGUGAGGAAAUUUUUAAUGCAUUUAUACGAGUACAAUACUUUUGCAAUGCAUAACACGUCCGAAACAACUGCAGGAGCACCAGCACCACCGGCUGCUGGGUCGCCUUCCUUCCGCACCAUGGCGGAUGAUUUGAAAGAAUUGAAAGACUUACAGCCCCUAUUCGAAGCCGCAACCACGGGCGUGGUCGCGCAGUGCCGGCUGCCGAGCCAGGGCUUGGAUAUGCUGGAACUGGUCCGGUAUCAUGUGGAAAAGUAUUGUUAAAAGCAAGACUGCACUGAAUGCAAGUAUGCAUGACAGAUAUAGUUUUCUCCCUCAGUCCGCAUGACAAAUUGAAAUUUCACAUUCAUAUUUUGUCGACCUUGUCACGCAAAUUAUACUACCGAGAAGUCAGUGUGCGUGUGCGAAGCGAUACUUUUGCAAUGCAUAUCCGGUACGUGAACCUUGUGGUCGAAGUUUACAGGGAGAAGGUUCUUUCUAUGGGACUCUCAGACGUUACAUUCUCAGAAGUUGUGUUGCAUGAUCUGCCAUGCAAAAUUACCAGGAUCAGCGUCCAUACAACGCAGUUGGCUCGCAUAACAAAUUCUCCAAGGGGUGAAUAGCAUGGAAAUCCGUUUGCACUUUUGUAAACUUUUGUAAUUACUAUUUAGACUGCAGCAAGCCAGAACUUUUGAAGCUUUGGGGUAUGUUCUGGGGUAUGCAAAGUGGCUGCAUAGCAUCGGGAUUCGUAAUUUGCAGGCCACACCCCAAAACAUACCCCAGACACACCCCCGACACACCCCAGACACACACCCCCCGACAAGAACUGCUGAAGCUUUGGGGUGUGUUCUGAGGUAUGCAAAGUGACUGCGUAGCAUCGUGAUUUGCAAUUUGCAGCCCACACCCCGAACACACCCCACACACACCCCAGACGCACCCCAGACACACCCCAGAAACACCCCCGACAUACCCCAGACACACCCCCGGCCCACACCCCCGACACACACACACACACACAAACACCCGACACACCCCAGGCAAACCCCGGGGCACACUCCCGAACACACCUCGGGAAAAUAAAAGCCGGGCACAUCGUCCCCGAACAGAUCCUGGGCGCGUUCGGGCGCGACUCCGAAUGGCAUGGCCAGCGAGUGUCAACACAGGUAAGCAGGCCCACUCGGGGGGGUGGACCCCGCGAACCCACUCGCCGCGCCUUGGGAUGUGUUAGUUUGCUGUUGGUUUUCGCGUGCGUAGACAUUCCGGGCGCGCCGAUCUACCAAGCCCCACGCGGGUGCCUUUUCUGCGCCGACAAAACAAGCGCGCGCCCGACUGAGAAAGAUGGGCGUGUAUCUAUGGGCCCUGCGCUUUUCUGCAGAGAUAGCACAUAAAUAACACGGAGGCGAAGGGCCACAGGGGGCUCCUUUUAUUCUCUGCAUACUUGCCACCACCCAGACCAAGAACGCCGGGCGCCUCGGCUUUUAUUCCAGACCAAGCACAACAGUGGGCCCGCUUGGCGAUAACGCGCAGGCACAGAGAGCGAUGGGCGCGCAAACAUUCCAGGAGGCGGACCUCCCGAACCCCCAUAGGCGGCCCCGCCCCCGUGUGGGCAUGGGCCCCCGCGGUGGCGCCACCUCCAAACAUUUGAGAGCGCCUCCCGGGCACCGCAGGCUGGCACGGCCCACGGCCGGCCGGGCAAGUGCCCAAGGCCAACGCGAGGACUCUGCGCCCGCGCCAUGACCGGGGGGCGAGCUUUGGGCGCCUGCAUCCCGGAUGGAACACCCCAUGGCCCGGGCGCAAAACCCCUAGGCAAACGGGGAGACCCUGUCCCAACGAGCGUCAUCACAUGACGGAGAGGCUACCUAGUCGCGGGCCCGGCCCGGACACCGCAUGGCCCAGGGGUAAAAGCCCCAGGUCAGCGCGGGGACUCUGUCCCCGCGCCAUGACCUAGGGGCUAGCUUUCAGCGCUUCCCGGAUUGCGAGCGUGCGGCCCAGGGGCAAAAGCCCUAGGUCAGCGCGGGGACUCUGUCCCCGCGCCAUGACCUAGGGGCCAGCUGCAAGCGCUUCCCCUUCCCGAACACGGCCCCGGGGCAAAAGCCCUAAGUCAGCGCGGGGACUCUGUCCCCGCGUCAUGACCUAGGGGCCAGCUGGAUGGAAGCGAUUCCCGGGAGCCGUACGGCCCAGGCGCAAACGCCCUAGGUCGGCGCGGGGACUCUGCGACCGGCCUCUUGCUUUCAGUAUAGCGCAAAGCUUCGAAAUUUCUGGCGUGCUGUCCACGUAUCUACGUGCGCCACGUCCUGCAAAGGGUGGGAAGGUCGCUGCACGGGGGCCCCCGCCCCCGUGCCCUGACCUUGUUGCAAAUGCAAGAUAAGGCGCAAAAAGAAAAAAAUGAAAAUACCCGUGACCAAUUUUGCUAUUUUUGCAUUAGAAAUUCACGUAAAACCAGUUGAGAAGCAGCUAACGUCGCUUGAGAGCUCCAUACUGUCCAAGCUAGAAUACGACCCGAACAACCACCAGCAAAAGGUGAUCCGUUGGGGCACGGUGAAGAUCGAGCGGCGGCCGGAAUUCAAAGCGUUUGGAGAUCAGGACUUUCAGAAGGUUUAUGGAAAUUCCAUUGCUGGCGAGAAAGGGAAAAGUGGAAAGGGAACAGGACAAGCAAGACCAGGACCUGGACCAGGAGCACCACCGCCACCACCUGGAGGGGGCAAUGGCAAUAGUAAAAAAGCCGAUCGAGAAAGACAAAAAGCCGAAGUGGAUUUUUUUCACGAUUCGUUUCGGAAAGACGCAGUCUGGCGGUUUUUCGAAGUGCACUUGCAGCAUCACUUGAUGCGGUUGAUGCGCAACCCGAGGGAGGGCGACUGGGUGAUUUUGAAGAAAAAGAAGUGCUUCAAAGAAGGACAACAAGGACUAGGUAAUGCUGGAACUACAACUCCGACUCAGCGACGUUUGCUCGGUACCUACUGCGCCCCAGCCGGUACUGCAGUGCAGAUUCGGAGAGUUUAUCGUUCCCCUGCGAGGUGGAUGGUUGGCGUUGGGGGGACGACAUCAAGGACGAAGAAAGGCGGGGAAAAAUCUUCGCAUAAACCCGCCGCAGCUGUGCCGGACGGCACAGAGCAUGAGAGCAAACCGGGUUCGCAAAUGGACGGCGGCGGACCGCCGCUUUCUAUGGCCAGUACCAGCGUCGCGUCCUUGGUUACCGACUUCGCGAACCUACACUUGAAUCCCUUCAAGUCGCCUAUUUUGUCUUCCCCUCCAGAGCGUCGUGGAAGUUGUACUGCUGAAAGCCGCGUUGGCAGCGAAGGUGAUGAACAACACGACGAUAGAACUGCUGAUAUCAACAUGGCCGACGACGACGAACACGUCGAAAACGAACAGGCAGAUGAAAAAAGGCAAGCGGGUACUAGUACAACCACGGACCUCGCGGCGAUCUUUGAAGUCCCCCCGGCCCCGACCGCCGAAUACCCGUACACGAUCGCAAUCUCCCGGGAGAAUUUACGGGGUCCUCUGCCGCUGUUCCAAGAAGUGCGAGAAAUGUUUGCCUCAGAACUACAGCAAGACGGUCCGUCAUCUUCGUCUUCAAAAGGGGUCAAAGAUCACGACGGAGGUCGUGGGGCAGCCACCUUUGACUUUUCCGCCUUCCGAAAGCGGGAGGAGGCGCGGCACUACAUUUGGCAGCUGCUCCGGCCGCUGCUGUUUGAGCGGAAGGUGAUAUGAGUGUACACAACUCCCCCUCCCCCUCAUUUGUCUUGCAUGAGCAGCAAUACAAACACCGGCACACGUGGCGCCAUUGCAUGACAAGUUCCUGCGCUGAGUGUAGUACAACUGGUACUGUUUUGGCUUGCAGAAUUUGUAGGGCUAAUGCAUAAUAGUGACACCAGGACCAGGGAACAUGGAACUGGAAUUGCGAUUUAGCAUGAGAAAUGAGAACGAGGGGAAGGACUAGUGCACUCUCAUAGGUGAGGAAAAUGAAAAGCCGGGCCUUAUUGCAGCAGAAGGAAAUGCGCAAAGUGUGGGAAUUGCUACUGCUGUAUGAAAAGCGGUACAACUCGAACUCGAAUGUUCGCGGGAGAGCGAAGGUCAAAAUGUCCGGCGGAACUAGAAGGGUGGAAGAAGGAACGUUUUCUGGUGUUGCAGAUGACGAGGGGGAGAAAGAACACAACUUCCACCACAUCUCCGUCACAGCCAAAGACCUUUUUCUGCCUCGCGGUGUAGGUCAGAUGCUGACCCAUUUUUGCACGAAAACAAUUGUACAGCGUGCAGCAGUGGAAGCGGCGCGGACGCUUUACCAGGCCUACAAAUCGAAAAAGCCGGCUGAGUACUGAACUGCAAGUGACCGUGCCUUCAUCUCUGGGUCUGGAAUAAAUUCUUUUGUGUUCUUUGUCAUGCGGAAAAUGUGUACCGAGAUUUAAUUUUUGUGAAUGACGGAAAAAAGAAAACCACUUCGAAGAGCGUGUGCAUCUAGGCAUCGCAUCAAUAGCGGAGAGAACAUUUUCUCAUGCGUAGCGGACAGCAACAGGACCUCAAGAACGGGGGCUGCGCUUUUGCCGGUCAUGCGAAAUACUCAUCAUGUCCCACAGGGAGAGUGCAAGGCAAGCAAUACAGGCUCCACUUCGUAGUAGAAUUAUUGCAGACCCAGGCAUGAAGAUCAUGUUUGCAGUGGAUACUAAUGAGCUGAUGCGCAGGGAGCUGCCGGAUCACCCGGAGCCCGAGGUGGGACUGGCGGAAGAAUAGAUUUAUCAUUGCCUUGUUGUUGCCCUUGCCGUGGAUUUUUCACAGUGACGAUAUGUUGUGUAUUAUCUGUCCGCAUAAUGAACAUGAAGAUCAUGACGAAGAUAGAAAACCCUCAAUCUCGCAGUACGAAUGAAAUAGAAAAGAACCCGAACCAGAAGCACCAGAUGGUCAUCGUGCAUGAUAAAACAUUUGAAAUAACUGUAUUCGACUUUAGUCUACUGCGGUGCGGUCGCAUUAACACUUUUAUUGAAAUCAGAGCAACUAUCUAGAAGAGCAAGAGCAGGAUCCACCCCGAGGACCUCAAGAACGUGAUUCUUAAUACACAGCUUGU